UCCAGGCCAAAGAAAAAAAAAAUAUAUGUAUUGCAUAUCCUUGGAAACUUUCUCAGCUUUGGUUGGUGAUUAAUUGGGUGGGCUUCACGUGUGUGCUACGGAAGAUGGGAUGAGAGAGAUGGAUUAUAUGAAACAAGCAGGUGCUCGUGUUACUGUUACGCCGCCGAUGAUGGCCGAUUAUAAUCACAGCGUAAACAUCAUCUGCGAGGAAUCCGUACAGUACUCCAUCGUGAGCCACCUCGCCGCAGCUUUACGACGGGAAGGCAUAUCAGUGUUCGUGGAUUCAUGCAAAUUGCAGGAAACAAAGUCCUUCUCAUCUGUUGAACAGAAUGAAGCGGUCACAGAUGGGGCAAACCCUAGGGUUUCUGUGGUAGUUAUUUCAAACAUGGUUGAGUUAUACGAUCCUUGGGUUGUCAAGUUCAUAAAAGUUAUCAGGCGUCGGAGGAACAGCGGCCACGUGGUGGUUCCAGUGUUCUACGGCGUCGAUCCAUUGACCCGAGUUUACGGGUGGGCCAAUAGACGCCUCGAGGCCGAAAAAUUAACAACCCACCAAUCAAGGAUCUCAAGCAAUAGGAUACUCACCGACUCCGAACUAGUGGAAGAGAUCGUCAGAGAUGUUUAUGGGAAGCUAAAUCCUGCAGAACGAGUAGGAAUUUACUCGAGGCUACUAGAGAUCGAAAACUUGCUUUACAAGCAACCAUGGGACAUCCGACGCAUAGGAAUUUGGGGUAUGCCUGGCAUAGGCAAGACGACCCUUGCAAAAGCAGUCGUUGACCACGUGUCCACAGAUUAUGAUGCUUGUUGCUUCAUCGAAAACUUUGAUGAAGCGUUUCAUAAGGAGGGACUUCACCAUUUGUUCGAAGAAAGAAUUGGAAUCAUUCUAAAGGAAGAGUUUGAGAUUAAGAGUUCGUAUAUUAUGACACCAAGCCUCUAUAGGGAUAAACUAAGCGAUAAAAAAAUUCUAGUUGUUCUAGAUGAUGUGCGCGAUUCUCUGGCUGCAGAGACCUUCCUUAGAAGGCUUGAUUGGUUUGGUCCCGGAAGUCUGAUAAUCAUAACCUCCAUAGACAAACAGGUUUUUUCCUUUUGUCGUAUCAAUCAAGUAUAUGAAGUUCAAGGUUUGAAUGGGCACGAGGCUCUGCAGCUAUUCUCCCAGAACGCGUUUGGAAAAAAUGUUCCGGAGCAGAAUGACAGGGAAUUGGCAAUGAAAGUGAUCGAAUAUGUUAAUGGAAACCCGUUAGCUCUAAGUAUAUAUGGCCGAGAGCUAACGGGGAAGAAGUCAGAGAUGGAGGCCGCAUUCUUCGAGCUCAAGAAAUGUCCUCCCCAAAAGAUUCAAGAUGUGCUUAAAAACGUCUAUACUGCACUUGGCGACAACGAGAAAAACAUUUUGUUGGACAUUGCUUGUUUUUUCAGUGGAGAAAAUGUCAACCAUGUGGUGCAACUGCUUGAGGGAUGUAGCUACUUUCCACGUGUUGGAAUAGAUGUUCUUGUGGAUAAGUGUUUGCUAACUAUUUCAGAAAACAAAGUGCUAAUGAGUAAUCUGAUCCAAGACAUCUGCCUUGAAAUCUUCAAUGGAGACAUAGAGAGCUGCACCAGACUGUGGGAAUCUUCCAACAUCAGAUAUCUACUAGAAGAUGAUGGACUUGAAGCAAAUGGAGGAUCCAGAGAAACGCCUAAAUGUGAUUUGGUCACUGAAGACAUCGAAAGCAUAUAUUUGGACACAUCGAACAUGAAAUUUGAUGUCAAACAUGACGCCUUCAAGAACAUGUAUAAUCUUAGAUUUCUGAAGAUAUACAGUUCCGACUCUAAAUAUGUUCGUCGACUCAGCUUCCCCAAGGGCCUCGAUUCUCUGCCUUGUGAGCUAAGGCUCCUCCACUGGGAGAACUAUCCAUUGCAAUCCUUGCCUCAAGAUUUUGGCUUUCAGAAACUUAUUGAACUCCAUUUGCCUUACAGUCAGCUUCAGAAACUCGGGACAAGAACCAAGAAUCUCAAGAUGCUGAAGAGGAUCAUGGUUCCUCAUUCCCAACAUCUAGUCGAAUGCGACAUACUUCUAUAUGCUAAAAACAUCGAGAUAAUUGAUCUCCAAGGUUGUACAAGAUUGCAGAGUUUUCCAGACACGAAUGAAUUAGAACAUCUCCGAGUUGUAAAUCUCUCAGGUUGCACAGAGAUCAAAAGUUUCCAAGGAGCUCCACCAAAUAUGGAAGAGUUACAUCUCCAAGGAACUCGUAUAAGGGAAAUACCAAUAUCCAAUGUGAGCCACUCCCCCAAAGUUAAGCUGGACCGGAGAAAGCUUUUGAAUCUUCUAGAAAACUUCCAGGAUGAAGAUCAUAUCGAUUUGGAGAGCGUAACGAAUCUGGUUAAAGUUGGCUCAUCAUAUAAACAAGGUUUUAGCAAGCUUGUCCUCUUGAAUAUGAAAGAUUGUUCUCAUUUGCGAAGUCUUCCUGACAUGGUCAGUCUAGAAUCUCUGCAAGUUCUUCAUCUGUCUGGAUGCUCAGAGCUUGAGGAAAUUAAAGGUUUCCCUAGAAACAUGAGAAAGCUAUAUCUUGGGGGCAUCGCCAUACGAGAAGUGCCACAGCUUCCCCAAAGUCUUGAAUUCUUGAAUGCUCAUGGUUGCAAGCAUCUCAAGUUGAUUCGUUUGGAUUUUGUGCGGAUUCCUAGGCACUACACUUUUAGUAAUUGUUUUAAUCUAUCUUCAGAAGUGAUCUCUGGAUUUUUAGAGAAAGGUUUGACUAGAGUAGCAAUGUUAACAAGGGAACAACAACAACAACAACAGGAACUCCUCAAAACAGCCGCAGUCAACAUAUGUAUUCCUGCAGACGCACGUCAGAAAUCCUCAUUUUGUUUGGGAGCAGGUCCAAAUGUAAUGAUAGAGCUAGCUCCUUGCACACGAAAUGCUCUCUCAGGCUUCGCCAUGUCAGUUGUGGUGUCAUUCCGAGAUGAUUACCACAAUACUGUAGGUCUCGGCAUUAGGUGUAUAUGCACAUGGACGACCAGGAACGGCCACUCGGAUCAAAUAGAGAGAGUAUUUCAGUGUUGGGCUCCAACGGAAGCUCCAAGAGUUGAAUGGGAUCACAUAUUUGUCUUUUAUGAUACAGAAAUGCAUCUACGUGAAGGAAACGUUUCUGAUAUACCAGAUGACGAAAUCAGAUUUGAGUUCCACACAGUGAGUGGGGAAAACAAGCUUUUAGGUGCUCAUUGCAUGGUGACAGAAUGUGAUGUCCAGAUAAUUACGGCACCAACGGGUGAUACAAGCGUCACUAGAGAAAGCCAUGAAGCUAAUAUAAUUAGUGUUGUUGAGGAGUCAGAGGCCAAGAGUAUAAGUGUUGUUGAAGAGGAUACUCUUCCUAAUUUGCCCCGAGAAGAGCCAGACGCAAAGAGUCUUUCUCUUUCGUCCAGCGAACCACAAAAGCUUCCUAGUAAGGUAGGAUCUAAGGGUUGGAAAUGGAUAAAUUGUUUUCCCCUGGUGUCGUCUACGCCGCCCAAAAAGUUGCCAAUCGGACAACCGGCAAGAAAAAGCACCACAAAGGAGUGGUCCAAAGAUAUAGCACUCUACCUUGUCUUGCCGUUUCUUUGUAACAAAGAUAUAGCACUCUACUACGACGAAGAAAAGGCUAUUAAGAAAGAUGGACCAUUGUACCGCCAUGUCAAAUGAGACGAAUAAGAGUUCUUACUAAUUUCUUAUACAAAUUAUUCAGACCGGUUUAUUA